AAAACAGGCAACUUCGGAUCCAAAACCAUGGACCCGCCAUGGCCUUGGCUGCCUCCCUCCGUUGCCCUGGCGCGCUGCCCCCGAGAUGGGUGCUUUGGGUGCGCCACGGCCGCGCUGCCGGAGACCGUGGCGCAGCUGGAUGUGACGGAGCGGCUUUGGUCUGAUGUCAACUUCCAGUAGCGAGGAGGUGAUCGAGCCCUGCUCCUCGACCGAGCCGGUCGAGCCGGUGGGAGUGGUCAGCGCACCUCCCGGGCUCGGAGCCGAACGGCUGGUGCGAAGGGUGAGCCGCCAGAACUUGCAGGUGCCUGGCUCUGCCUUGAAGGGUGCGCGGAGGCAGCGGCUACAGUCCACGCCCAUCCGCUCAACAACCAUCCAUGCGCCGGGUGAUGACAGUUCCUCCUCAGCACCCUUGCGGCCCUUGCUAUUGCCCCGGUACUUCACCACGGAGCCGGCACGCUCCAGCACCCUGGACUUCGAGUGGGACACCGAGAGCCGGGAGCAACUGCGGCAUCACAUGGCGCAUCAGUUGCAGCAGAUCCAGCAACUUCAGCUGCAGCAGUUGUCCGGCAUGUCGCCGUACGAGCUUCAGCAGCAGCAGCUGCUCCAGUUUCAGCAGUAUCAGAGGGCUUUGCAGGCGCAGCAGGCGCUGGAGGCUCCCGCUAUGAAGCAGAUGCGUGCGCAGAGUUUAAGAGAGCCAAUGCCGCAGCCUCCUUCGAAGGCACUCCGGCGCAUCGCCUCCGCAGCGGAGCGAGGCGAGCGGCAAGGCCCUCAGGGCUCGCAGACCGUGGAGCGGAGCGUGCCAGGGGCAGUGAGCCCAAGCAGCCCGAAGAGCACGCAGGAGCUCUCGCUGGAGGUCACCCCGGUCGAUUCCGAGGUGAUCGCGCCCCGCUCCUCGACCGAGCCGGUCGAGCCGGUGGGAGUGGUCAGCGCGCCUCCCGAGCUCGGAGCCGAACGGCUGGUGCGAAGGGUGAGCCGCCAGAACUUGCAGGUGCCUGGCUCUGCCUUGAAGGGUGAGGAUGCCGCAGCGCGGAGGCAGCGGCUACAGUCCACGCCCGUCCGCUCAACAACCAUCCAUGCCCCGGGUGAUGACAGUUCCUCCUCAGCACCCUUGCGGCCUUUGCUAUUGCCCCGGUCCUUCACCACGGAGCCGGCACGCUCCAGCACCCUGGACUUCGAGUGGGACACCGAGAGCCGGGAGCAACUGCGGCAUCACAUGGCGCAUCAGUUGCAGCAGAUCCAUCAACUUCAGCUGCAGCAGGUGUCCGGCAUGUCGCAGUACGACCUUCAGCAGCAGCAGCUGCUCCAGUUUCAGCAGUAUCAGAGGGCUUUGCAGGCGCAGCAGACGUUGGAGGCCCCCGCUAUGAAGCAGAUGCGUGCGCAGAGUUUAAGAGAGCCAAUGCCGCAGCCUCCUUCGAAGGCACUCCGGCGCAUCGCCUCCGCAGCAGAGCGAGGCGAGCGGCAAGGCCAUCAGGGCCCGCAGGGCGUGGAGCGGAGCGCGCCAGGGGCAGUGAGCCCAAGCAGCCCGAAGAGCACGCAGAAGCUCUCGCUGGAGGUCACCCCGGUCGACUCCGAGGCGGAGCUGCAGGUCCAAGCAGAGGAGGUGGAGAUCGUGGUGGGCCCCACCCAGCACGCUGUUCUGCCGUUGUCCUUCGAGAACGUUUGGAUCGACGAGCAGCACUUGGCUGUGCAAAGCCGCUCCAGCCGUCUCUCAGUCUCAGACGUGCUGCGCUUGAAGGCGCAGGACCGGCCCCAGCUACAGGUGUGCUCCUUUGGCUCCUUGUUGCACAGCUGCCAGACGGAAGCACCUUGCAGGCCGUGCAUGUUCGAGCGCGUGCCCGGCCGCUGCAAGAAGGCUUGGCUGUGUGACUUCUGCCACCUCCAUUCGGGCCGAAAGAAGAAGGGCGCACCUCCGACGGGAUCCGCAGCGUGAACGUGGAUCCCACAGUCGGUCUGACGGUCGGGCGGGUGAAAGCAGGAAAGAGAUGGCCAAGAACGAGGUCAAUUGAUGGAAUGGGGUGUUGACUUGAAAUGCUUCCAGGUUGAAAAGCGGUGGUUUAGACUUGCAACAAUGGGACGUCCAGGCGAUCGGCUCGAGACGCAGGUGCCACAGGCAGCGUGAAGACCUCACGAGCGUGAC